GUGGAUGCAGAUGUGGCGAGAGUAAAUUGUACCAUUUCUGUGUCUUACUAGCAGGUAGAGUAGGGAAAACCAGGCUGGUUUUGAGAGGGCGGUAUUAAUUCCUUUCCUACCUGUUCAUUCUCAAUCUUUCCUUUCUUCAACUUGCCAUUAGUAAGUAGUAUGAUUUUUAUAUGUUAAUUUAUAACAAUGACAUUUGCUUACAACUGCAGUUAAAUUACUUGUUCUAUUAUCAUUCUAAUAAUGUAUAGUUCUUAAUUUUCUUCUCCUUAAACAUUAUUUGCUGCAUUUACCCUAUAGUGUAUGCUUUACUAUUGAAAGUUGUUUGUUCAUAUUCGUUUAUUCUCUGCUUGGCAUUCGCGGGCCGUUUGAACCGACACGUGGAUCGACCUUGACACAGCAUUGUUGUUUUUACUUAUUGACUGCACAGUGGUUGUGCAUUUGACGACAUUUAGCCACAGACACCUCACAUUUUGAGUACCGUAUUGCAGAAUAUCCUGUAUUUUGGACUUUACGCGUCACCCUACGUGUGGUUAAACGUAUAGUUUGGAUUAUCGUCUCGGAUUUUUUUUGGGAGAAAUUCACAGUACUCAAAAUUGGUCUUGUUGAUCUAUUUGGACAAUUAUCAAUGCCGGUUACUCGUAAUAUGUCUGGAAAACGCUGAAGAACAUCUUCGAGUCAAUUUAUCUUCACCUGUAUGCUUUACUAUUGAAAGUUGUUUGUUCAUAUUUGUUUAUUCUCUGCUUGGCAUUCGCGGGCCGUUUGAACCGACACGUGGAUCGACCUUGACACAGCAUUGCUGUUUUUACUUAUUGACUGCACAGUGGUUGUGCAUUUGACGACAUUUAGCCACAGACACCUCACAUUUUGAGGUUUGUAUAUUAUAUAUCCAUUUCUAUGUAAUAAAGUACCGUAUUGCAGAAUAUCCUGUAUUUUGGACUUUACGCGUCACCCUACGUGUGGUUAAACGUAUAGUUUGGAUUAUCGUCUCGGAUUUUUUUUGGGAGAAAUUCACAGUACUCAAAAUUGGUCUUGUUGAUCUAUUUGGACAAUUAUCAAUGCCGGUUACUCGUAAUAUGUCUGGAAAACGCUGAAGAACAUCUUCGAGUCAAUUUAUCUUCACCGCAAGUUUCUUCUUUACCUGUUUCCUUAUCUGAUUUUGAUAAUUUUAAACACACCCCUCAUGUCAGCCUAGGUUUUGAUAAUAUUGCUAUGGGAGGUAGUGUAGUAGUAGACUCCGAUGUUGAUUCGGAUGUUGCUACCGAAUUAGAGAUCCUAGAGCUUAAGGUUCAAGAGCUUAGACUUCGCAGCAAACAACGAAAACUGAAGAGCGAGUGCUCUCAACAAGUUAAGACUGCAGCCAGCUGCGUUCGAUCUUGCGCCAAUCCUUCGAAAAGCCAACUCCUAGACGGUAGCACCAACUAUUGCGCAGAACAACCACCAGAGUCAAAUUGUACUGCCACACCAGUCCAACCACUCCUGAACUCAGUUAGCCCCAUUAGAAUGCCUCAAAUUGAGAUGGAUAAGUUCGAUGGUACACCAACUAAGUUCCUGAAGUUUAUAAGAUGCUUUAACAUGUUCAUAGGAGAACAAACUAAUGAUGACAACCUACGGUUAAUGCAUCUUAUACACAAUUGUGUUGGUACAGCCAAGGAGGCCAUAGAGCAUUGCAUUCUACUGCCCUCUGAGGUAGGCUAUAGGAAAGCCAUGGGGAUUUUACGAAGUCAAUUUGGCCAACCUCAUGCAGUUUCGGAUGCCUUCCUCUCCGAAUUACUGUCAGGCCCACAGCUGCAACCUGAAGAUAUAGUUGGGCUACAACGGUUGUUGAGACAGAUGACCAAUUGUGAGAUAGCCUUAUCUCAGAUGAAUCACAUGGCAGACUUGGACUGCUCUACCAACCUUAAGUGCAUUGUUCAACAUCUCCCCCUGCACCUACGAUGGAAGUGGGCAGAAUUGGUAAACGAUGGUUUACAGUUUGCUGAACCUAGCUUUCGUUACCUCAAAGAAUUCCUCGAAAGGCAACUGUCAUUGGCUACAAGCUGUUACGGCCAGAUAGCUAAUGGGAAUAGGAACAACAACGAAGUAGGGUCCAAUGAUAAAAUGUCCAGAGCUAUGCCUUCGCACAGUGUUAAUGUCGUGAAGUCACGAGCCCAGAAGUCGUGCAUAGUUUGCUUCACAGAUCACGACUUAUGGGAAUGUCAACGCUUUUUGUCGAUGAGUCACAAAGAGAGACUAGCAGUGUCAAUGCGGCAUAAGGUGUGCUUCAACUGUUUGAAACUUAAUCACCGAGCUGACACUUGUCGUGCAGCAAGAGGUUGCGAUAUAGUAGGAUGCACUAGACGUCAUCAUAAACUUCUACACAAUGAAGAUAAUUCAGCAUGCCAGACUGUCAACUACUCUAGCACGGAAUCCGGAACUUCCUUUUUAGGAUAUGUGCCGAUUCGUAUCUUAGGUCCUAAAGGAUUUCUAGAUACCUAUGCCUUUCUUGACAAUGGUUCAGAUGCUACACUACUGCUGAGUCAUGUUGCCCGCCAAAUAGGACUGGAAGGGGUUAAUACAUUGAUGCAGGUAACAUCUUUCUGUGGAACUACUUCUCAGAAUUCAUCUAAGGUUGAUUUCGAAGUUGAAUCCUUAACGGGAGAUUACAAGACGAGGGUCAAGAGUGCCUACACCGUGGAAAGCUUACCUGUAAAGAGACCUAAGACUCCUUCAAACGAACAGAUGAAAAAAUGGCCUCACCUGGCAGAAAUUCCCUUUCUAGACGUCGAAUGUAAACAGGUCAGUCUACUAAUUGGGACUAAUGUACCUGAAGCACACUGGGUGCUGGAGCAGCGUAUAGGGAAAUCCAACCAACCGUUUGCAUCUUUGUCAGUUUUUGGUUGGUAUUUAUUGGGUUCAGGAAACGAAUAUAAAGAAGCAACCUCUAUCUUCUGCUUAGAGGAAAGUGAAUCAGUAGAGAACAAGCUUUUGCGAAUGAUUGAAGCUGAAUUUCAGGACAAGCACUCAUGCGAAAGGUCCAGUUCUGAAAUAGAUAAAGAGGUUCUGAAGGCAACCGAUAGGGAGAUAAGAUUGCGGAACGGACAUUAUGAAGUUCCAUUGACUUGGAAAGAGGACUGGCGUAGAUUACCGCCUAAUAGGUUUGAGGCAGAACGCAGGCUGGACAGUCUUCAGAAGAAACUAAGAAAGGACGAAAGCCUAUUAAAGUCCUACAAUCAAAUACUAACAGACCAUGAGUUGAAGGGUUGUAUUAGUCGCGUUCCUGACGACUUCUCCAAGAAACGUAGAUUUAUCCCUCACCACCCAGUUAUAAAUCCCCGCAAGCCUGGUAAAAUUAGAGUGGUUUUCGAUUGUGCCUUUAAAUGUAAGGGAAUGUCCUUGAACGAUUGUCUGUAUUCGGGACCUGAUCUGAUGGAUGACUUGGCUGGGGUACUAUUGAGAUUUAGAAAACAUCGGAUAGCCUUGUCAGCAGAUAUUGAGGAGAUGUUUCUUCAGGUUCACUUACCUGUCAAGGAUAAAAGUGCCUUUAGUUUCUUAUGGUAUUCUGAGGGUAGACUGGACUUACCACCGAGCCUGUAUGAAUUAAACGUACAUCCCUUCGGUGCUACCUCAUCACCUUUUUGUGCAGCCUAUGCUUUAAAACGAGCCGCAAUCGACAACGCGAAAUUGUUUGACGAGAAGACAUUAAGCACUGUCAGAGAAAAUUUCUAUGUGGAUGAUUGUCUAGUCUCAGUAGAAACAGUAGCAAAAGCCAUAGCUUUAUCCAACCAGCUGCGUCAGCUCGCCUCUCUUGGUGGAUUUCGUUUGCACAAAUGGAAUAGUAACAAUGAAGAAGUGUUAUCCAACAUUCCCGUUCGUGAACGGUCCUCAAACAUACUGCAUUUAGAAGAUUCGACGAAGAAGACACUGGGUUUAUGCUGGUGUGUCAAGUCAGAUUGCUUCAAGUUUGAAGUAAAUCUGCCAGUACGUCCGAUAACGAAGAGGGGAAUCUUGUCGUGCAUAGCUUCUUUAUAUGAUCCACUCGGUUAUGUCGCCCCACUACUACUUCCACCUAAAAGAGUAAUGCAACACCUGUGCCGAAGUGAGUUUGGGUGGGAUGAACAUGUUGACGUGAGUAUCGGUGCCAAAUGGGAGGCUUGGCUUGUUGACAUUAAGAGAAUUAAGGAUCUAGAGGUUCAACGUUGUUUUCGACCCCAGACCUUCAGUCCUAUAGCAGUUUCAAUGCACUUAUUUUCGGAUGCCUCUGAAAUAGGUUUCGGUUCAGUAGCAUAUCUACGUUACGAGUCCUGUUCAGGGGAAGUAAGCUGCAGCUUUGUUAUGGGCAAAUCUAGAGUGGCUCCCUUGAAGCAUGUCACCGUGCCACGUUUAGAACUACAGGCAGCCGUGCUCUCAGUGAAGCUGUUAAAAUACAUCUUAGAGGAAAUAAAGUUGGAACUAAGUGAUGUUUAUCUAUGGACAGAUUCUAUGAUUGUGUUAAGCUACAUCCGCAAUACCACAUCCCGCUUCAAAACCUACAUAGCUAACAGAGUAGGGUUUAUACUUGAUAACACUACGCGGGCUCAAUGGCGACAUGUACCAACUAAUAUGAAUUCAGCUGACCUUGCUUCCAGGGGAAUAAAGAUGAGUGAGUACGAGCGUAUACAUACCUGGCUCGAUGGUCCUGGAUUUCUCAAAAAUCCUAAAAAGGAUUGGCCGAAUUUCGAUGGAAAAAGCGUGCCAAUAAUUCCAUCUGACAUAAAGCUAAAGCAAGCCACCAUCUUAACGACACAAACAGCCGUAAAUCCGACAGACACCUUAUUCUCGUAUUUCUCUUCUUGGACAAAACUUCGUAGAGCGGUAGCCUGGUUAAAAAGGUUUAAAGUUUUUCUACUAAAACGUCUAGUGCAAGGCCCUUUACAAACGUGUGAGAUGUUAGAGGCAGAGGAAGAUAUCCUUAGAUACGUGCAAAAACAAGAGUUCGGUAAAAUCAAAGGAGUUAUGUGUGAACGCCAUUUGGAUAGUAAAUACAAGCCACUCCUUCAACGUAUCAAGAAACUGCAUCCUGUCAUCUUAGGUGACUUGAUAUGUGUCGGCGGACGACUGAAUAAUAGUCAACUGUCAAGUUCGGAAAAACAUCCAGUUAUAUUGCCAGGAACUCAUCCUGUCACGGAGGUUAUUGUUCGUUAUUAUCAUGAGACUGAAGGACAUAUGGGAGUAGUCCAUCUUUUGUCAGCAUUGCGUAUGAAAUAUUGGAUAUUGAAAGGAGCGUCAGUAGUUAAGCGUGUGGUGAAUAAAUGCAUCGGUUGCCGAAUCAGGUCUGCAAAACCUACUGAACAACUGAUGGCAGAAUUAACCAUAGCAAGGGUCACGUCAGAUUUUCCAUUCUCUAGCACCGGGGUAGAUUACUUCGGCCCCUUUAUCGUUAGGCGGGGGCGGACUACAGACAAAAGACAUGGAUGCAUAUUCACUUGUUUGAAAACUCGAGCGGUUCACUUAGAAGUAGCUUACGCUCUUUCUAUUGAUUCAUUCCUAAUGAUGCUUUCACGCUUUACCAACCGCAGGGGGACUCCGAGGGAGAUAUUCAGUGACCGGGGUACAAACUUUGUGGAGGCUGAUCGUGAGUUACAGCAAGUUGUGCCACAAUUAGACAGUGAUUGUAUGAUGAGAGCUAUGGCAAAUCGUGGUAUAGAAUGGAAGUUAAAUCCACCUUAUGCUAGCCACCGUGGCAGAGUAUGGGAGGGGUUGAUCAGAAGCGUACGUCGAGUGUUAAGCGCAGUUUCGAAGGAGCAAGUCCUCACAGAUGAAUCACUCAUGACCUAUUUGACAGAAGUAGAAAGGAUACUAAAUAGUAGGCCGCUAGUACCUGUUUAUGAUGACCCAAGUCAGUUGGAUGUGCUGACACCAAAUCAUAUUCUCUUAUCAAGAAAUCCUGAACAGGUUCCUGAAAUCGACGUUAGUUUAUGUGGACGUUAUUCACGACGAUGGAAACAAGGGCAACUCCUUGCCGAUACGUUUUGGAGAUGGUGGAAGCGGGUGUACUUGACGACCUUACAAUCGCGUGCAAAGUGGUUUCAACGACAUCGAAACUUACAAGUGGGAGACCUAGUACUAGUGACUGCUGAGCCUUCACCUCGCAAUCGUUGGUCAAUGGGAAUAAUUACAGGCGUUACGGCAAUCUGUGAUGGGUAUAUCAGAUAAGUGGAUAUCAAGACACCGAGGGGUAUAAUCAACCGAGAUGUGCGUAAGGUUUGCCUAUUAGAAGGUAUUGAGGAGAGAUAAGCACUUUGUAGGAUAUAUAGCUGGAUAGUGGAUGCAGAUGUGGCGAGAGUAAAUUGUACCAUUUCUGUGUCUUACUAGCAGGUAGAGUAGGGAAAACCAGGCUGGUUUUGAGAGGGCGGUAUUAAUUCCUUUCCUACCUGUUCAUUCUCAAUCUUUCCUUUCUUCAACUUGCCAUUAGUAAGUAGUAUGAUUUUUUAUAUGUUAAUUUAUAACAAUGACAUUUGCUUACAACUGCAGUUAAAUUACUUGUU